CGCUCAACACAAUGCCACCAUUGACCCCUUUCUCCUGGUCAGAAGUCAGAGGGCUGUAAACAGCCAAACAACUUCUCCUAGUUAAAAAUCACGGUGCUUCGUAAUGUGCGUUGUGCACUAUGUCUCCAUGGAGCUCUUGUUGGUCCUGGUAUUUCCUCUCCAUCGCCCUAGCUGUCAACACACGGCAAACCUCGUCAGCUCCAGAUUUCUCUGAUUACCUCCACAGAAUCCUUAAGAACCACACUGCCCAUGCGUGUGAUGGAGAGACGCUGUCCAUCAGAUGCCCCCCCAGAACAUCUGUGGCUGUUCUCUCAGCAUUUUAUGGACGCCGUAUUCCAGUUCCAUAUCUAUGCCCACACACAAACCCAAACAUGACAUGGGAAAACACAGACUGUAUAUCAACGACAGCCAUUCAGAAAGUGAUGUCUGAGUGCCAGGACCGACGGGAGUGUCAGAUUCCUGUGGUGAGUCCUGUGUUUGGUCAAGAUCCCUGCCCUGAAACCAGCAAAUACAUCAUUGUCUCCUACAAGUGCAAGCCUGAGCAUCAUCGCUCGAGAACGGUUUAUGAGAAUGAGCGGCUGAAGCUGGCCUGUAAGAAUGACACGGUUUUGGCCAUCUAUUCAGCCACGUUUGGCCACCUGGAGCAUGACAGCCUUGAGUGCCCUCAAGAGGCUAAAACAAAACCAUACAUAGAGUGCUUGUCUCUGUCAGCCUUGAGGAGAGUGUCAAGGAAGUGUCAUGGCAGGACAAACUGCUCUGUGCUGGCUGAUGCUCAGGGAUUUGGAGACCCCUGUUUCCCUGGGACCAAGAAGCACUUGCGAGUCUCCUUCACUUGUGUACCACGGUAUCUACUGGAAGAUGUUGGACGUGGAAACCUAGAUCCUUUCUUGCUCUCUGACUAUACACAUGAAGGGUGGUAUACUGGCCCCGGUGUGUCCAGACCACAAAACAUUUUCACCAACUCUCUGGAAAUCUUUUCCCAAAUCCAGGGUCUUCCAGAGACAGUGGCUUUAUACUUUGUUUCUGGUAUCUGUGCCGGUCUGUUCUUCUUGCUGUGUUUGUUCGGUCUCAAGUCCACCCUGAUUAGAGAUCUGAAAGACCUGGCCUCUGAGCUAGGAGAUGAGCUCAAGUCCUCCCACAGGACACAUGGAGGACUAAUAGAUGAUUUUGAUGAAGAUGACGCCUCCUUGCGGUCUUCUUUUCGCCACCUCGCACGCCCUUACCGCACACCAGACGUCUUCAACCCAGAGAUGAUAAUGACAGUGGUGAUGGAGGAGAGGAAGGAUGAAGACAAACCUGAGAUGCCCAAUGGAGACAUCUGGCCUCAUAUCAACUCCAGCCCUUAUGCCAUGCACAAAAUCAAAACCUCGUCUGCUUAAUCUUUAUGUUCUCUGCAUAUCUGACUGUUUUCCCUGUUAAAAGAAACACUAAUUAUACGAUUUAACAUGAAUGAAGUCCAAGAUUAGAUUUGAGAAUUAGUGAUGAGAAUUGUGACAUUGGUAUCAAACCCACCUGCUUAUGUUUUCUGAAUAGACUGUAUGUAUGCAUUUUCAUAUUUAUAUAUAAUUCAACUUUUUUUUUAAAUGACUGGGGGUGGAAGUCUGCGAUGUGAUUUCUUUGGAGUGCACAUUACAAAUAAAGGAAUAGUGUGCUUAUCAAACACAGCCAUCCAGGUGGAAUUUGGUUUGAAUAAAAACAUGUAAUCUGUUCUGGGUGGAACUGAAAUAAUAAUACACUUGCAAUACACACACACACAACAUUAUGCAACCAAAAGGAGCG